GGCCCGCGCCGCUCCCAUGGCAACCGCUGGGGCCGCAGCCGGCGGCGGCCGGGCCCAUGUCCUCCCUAGCCGAGCCCGCCGCCUCCCGGGCGCCCUCCCGCUCGCCGGCGCGGUCCCCGCGCCCCGCUCGCUGCGGCGGGGAGCGGCGCAGCAACGCCGCGGACGCCGACACCGUCCAGGAUACACAGUUCAAAUCAGUGGAUUUGAAUCAUGUCAUCAAACUACUUGAAGAGACAAACUCAAGUAAUUUGGAAAGGCAGCUGAAAAUUCUCAAGAAGGUAGUCAAGCACUUUGAAAAUGGGCUUCCCCUUAAGGAUUUAGCACAAAUAUUUGAAAUUCUUAACUUGUGUGCAGAAAAGCUUAAUGAACAGCAAGCUUUCAUUGAGCCUAUGUGUGAACUUAUUAAAUUAUGUGGGUUACCAUUUCAAAAAAAGAAAUUAUCUGAUGAAGUAAGCUAUUCCCUGACAGUUUCAAAAUCAAUUGCACAACUUGGUUAUUUGAUGAGGGUGCCAAGCUCUGAAGUUCGACUACAAAUCUGCAAGUGUAUUGUUAGCUUUUAUAAUGUGGAACCACCGAAAAAACUACUUUCAGGUUACCAGCCAACAAGUGCAAACUAUAAAAUUCAGAUGGCGGAAUUAGGAGGAUUAGCAGAAACUCUUCUUUUAUCACUAGCAUUAGUUGAAAAUCAACUUACUGAGAAGUUGUGGAUACUGAAAACUCUGCAGUAUCUCUCCAGCUCUGGAGUAAAUUGCAGACUUAUGCUUAAGGCCCAAGCAGCCAGCAGACUCUGUGUGCAUCUGAAUGAUGCUGAUCCCUCUGGACAGCUGGUAUUCCGUUCAUCAGAAAUCCUGUGGAACCUAUUAGAAAACACCUCAAAAGAAGAAGUUGUUAAUCAGCUUAGUAGCUUGGAAUGUGUACAUGCUUUGAAAGAAGUAUUUGUACACCUUCUUAUGCACGGUUUCCGCAAUUAUGAUCGUCAGCUAAGAAAUGACCUCUUGGUGAUUGCCACGCUAGUAGCUGAAAACCCUGCAGCACCUAUGAUUGAAAGUGGAUUUACAAAGCAGUUAAUAGUGCUUGCAACAUUUGCUGAAGUUAAAAUCCCCAAUCCCUUGGUAAAAGGUCUUAAACUUACCUACUCUUAUGAGGACUUUGAGCUGAAGAAGUUGCUGUUUAAUGUAAUAGGAGUCUUAUCUAAAGACCCAUGUGCUGUACAGCUUCUCAGUGAAAAUGAUGUGAUGCCAGCUUUGCUUUAUUAUGUAAAACCAAAUCAAAAGCCUGGAUUUCAUGACUGGUCUGCUGCCCAAUAUGAAGAAUUACAGCUUCAUGCAAUUGCUAUUUUAGCUUCAGUGGCUCCCUUGUUACUAGAUAAAUAUUUGUCCUGCCAAGCGAAUACUCUCCUCCUUGUGUUUCUAGAGUGGUGUAUAGGUCAAGAUCCCUUCUUUGGUCAAGGUAACAGUUUCCAUGGAACAGGUGGUCGUGGCAGCAAACUUGCACAAAUGCGCUACAGUCUGAGAGUACUGAGAUCUGUUGUGUCUCUUUGUGAUGAUGCUGUGAACCUUAAUUUAUGUGACCAGGGAGCAAUUAGCCAACUACUGGAUAUCCUAAAGUAUGCAGCAAACAGAUCUAAAGAAAAAGAAGAUGCCAUUCUGUUGGAGAUCCAGGCUGAUAUAUUAUUUAUCCUGUCUAUUGUCUGUGAAAAUGAUCUCCACAGAAAGGAACUCUUUGGCUAUGAAGGAGUGGAUAUGCUUAUCCCGUUCAUGCAGAUGGAUCCGAAUAAAUUAUUUAGUGGAUUAGGCCACAGUCGACUCCUUUUCAGUGCACUGGACUGCUUGUGGUCCUGUGUGAUUGGAUGUUACAUUGCAGAGGAGUCUUUUCUUGAAAAACAGGGCAUUUUCCUCCUCCUGGAUCUGUUGGCAUUAAAGCAAAAGAACUUGUGCAAUAUAAUUCUUGGAAUUCUGGUUGAAUUUUGUGACAACCCUAAAACCACUUCUCACAUCAACACCUGGCGUGGAGAGAAGGAUCAAACAGCAGCUAACCUUCUAAUACAGUUAUGGAGACAAGAGGAGUUGGAGCUAGGAGUCAGACGUGAUCAAUAUGGAAGGAUUGUUGACAUGAAGACACCUCUAGUUAGCAGCUUCCAGAAACAGCAAGAGGUCAUCCCCAUGCCUGCCAACUGUCCCAGCUUUGCCAUCGUAGAGAUUUCAGAAAAUAUAAGGGCAAAACUGUAUUCAUUAUUAUGCAAACUAGGUUUUGAAAAUUUACGUGGCUUAUCUGCUAAGGAUUUUGUCACACUUGCUAUCAUACGUCGUUAUCUUGACUUUAAAAUUGGAGAGGUUUGGAGUGAACUGUGUGCAGAAUUAAAAGAAGAAUUCAGGCCUGUUAGUUCAGAUGAGGAAGCCUUAAAAGUUAUUUCAGAGGUAUCAGAAGAUGUUGGAGGAAUGGUUGCUGCUCUCCAGACUGAAAUGCUUGAAAGUCAACAGCAUCAAGAACUCCAAGAGGAGGAAAAAGCUUAUACAAAGAUUCACACUAUGCAUAAGCAGAGGGAAAUGGUAAAUAAAUCUUGGGAAAACUUCUUGACUCGGACAUCGAACUAUGAGGCACUGAAGAAAGCAAAAAGGCUUCAGGAAAAAUCAAUAGAGACUUCCAGAUCUAAAUCAAAGUCUCAAAAUGUAGCAGUCCAUUCUACUGAUAUUAAAGGCCUUGGUACAACAGUACUAGCAUUUCCAGGAACAAUGUGCUAGCAAUUCAGCUACGAAGUAGUAAAACAGCAGCUGGGAAGCCACUAAAAUUUUGAGUUGUUUUGAUUUAAUGUUUUAAUCCAGCUAAAAAUUAAAAUGAUAAAGGCUCAUUUGAACACCUCAAACAGGAGCAGAGACCACAAUAAGCCUCAGAGACUUUGAACUAAUAACUCCUACUAUUCAGUACAAGACAGAUGAGUUUCACAAAGCUAAAGAGCCGUAGUGGAAGUUAUACUUACAGUGUUUCUGCGACAAGAUCAAACACUCUAUCCUUGAAACAACAGUAAUCAGCCACUUGAACAAAAGGAAAGAAAUUCCUGAACGGGCUGCAAGUGUCCAGCAGUUGCUUGAUGCUCUGAAGAUGUUGGGAUUAUGCGGCAGAGAUCCUGGGAAGACGCUGGCACUGGCAACACAGCAGCAGUGGCAGCGGCAGCAGCAGCAGCAGCAGCAGCAGCAGCAGUAUUAACUCAGGUCGGUGGAGAAGGAGAGAGGGAGCUCGUGGUGGAGAGCCCCACCUCCCUUGGCAGCAGUCACCAAGUGUCAGCCCAGACCCUGGCUCAGGGGUCUCACCUGCAGAACAGCUCUCACUAUUGGAAAGUGCGUGUGUGUGUUUCUGUCUGUGUCUGUGUGUGCAUUGGAGGAAGGGGAAAGAGGGCUGACAGAGGGGAAAAAAUACAAUGGAUAGCAAAUCAUCUUUCUUCAAAUCAGUAACGCGAAUGCUCUCCCCAUUUUAUAAACCCAGGUUUCCGUCUGCUAUCCUGCCUGCCCACCAGAACAUAAACCCGCAACAUUUCAAAGUAAUGGAAAAUGGACCUGCAGUAAAGAAUUUAUAGCACAGUGUACAUGUAGAAACUCUCUGACCUGAGGUUAAUUUUGUACUAUGUUUAAAAAUCUCUAGCAACCCACUUGCCGGCAUCUCCAGAGUGUUUCAAUGUCAUUUUACCUAUACUUGACAACAGCCCCUCCAGAACACCAGAGCCAGCACCAGCUCUGUGAGUUGGAGUUUGUGUCCCAUGACUUUCAGUGAGGAGCAGCCCAGCUAUGCCAUUUUUAAAGACUCCUCUUUUCUGUUGUCUUCUUUCUUAUUAGUUACUCUCUGUGCUAAGGAACUAGGCUUAUCUGAGCAUUUAGAAGAGUUCCAUUUCCUUCUAGGAAGAGAAGCUUAUGAAGGAGUCCAGCUUACUUAAAAUCUGAAUGUUUUUUUCCAAUGCUGAAAACAUGCUUUCUCAUUCUACUCACUUAGGUUCUUACGAUAACCAGUUGUGAUGGUCGAUCAGAUAUUGAAGUAUAAGACUGAAAAUAGGGACACAGAUUCUAGUUACAGCUGUUGUGGAUUUUCCAUGUGUCUAUGUAAAAGUCCAGUAACUUCUAUAUCUUGCUAGUAAAAUGAGGUUAAAAAUGCCAUUUUAAUGCAGAGGGGUGUCAUGAAGCCCAGAGCAAUACAACUUGUAAAAGACCUUCAGUUCCUUUGAUGGUAGAUGUUCUUUUAGUGCAAAGUCUACUCCUAAGGUCAAAUUCAUUUACAUAAAUUUACAGUUCUGUUUGUCCCUCAGUGCUGGCACUUUAUAUUGAAUAGCUCAGGCAACUCCACACACAGCAAACUGGUUUUCUGGACCUAGUUCUAGGUAUCUAACACAGAGUGGUGCCUAAUUCAGGGUAGGUUGCCCAAAAAUUAGAAUCUGCAAAGAUAAGGGUUUUUAUAGCUAUCUUGUCUUAUAUAAUUAAUGUUUUGAUUGUUUUACACAGAUUUUUCUGACUAAAUUUUCACCUCCAACCCAUAUUCAAAUCACCUUUUAGCUCACCAAGGAAAAUGAAUUUGUCGUGUUCUGAAAUGCAGUUUCUUUUUGGCAGAACUCUUCAUACACUGCAUACAUGCCAUCUAAACUCUACAAGGAGACUUUGCCUUUCAAGGAAGGUCAUCAGUCUUUCAUCUUCGAAAGCACUUAAGUCUACUCAAAGUUUGUCGAAGUGAAACGACCAGCAUCCACCACCACUGAACUCCUAAAAUGACAAAGGCUCAUUUGAACACCUCAAACAGGAGCAGAGACCACAAGCCUCAGAGACUUUGAACUAAUAACUCCUACUAUUCAGUACGAAUUCAGUACUAUUCAGUACUA